CUUUAUUAGUGAAAAAUCUCGUCAUUGUGAUUUGUGGAGAGACGUACAACUUUGCUGUAGAAAAAUAGCAAUGUCAAAGUGGGAAAGGCCAUUCCAUGUUGAAGCCAGCAUUUAACGCUGCUCUUUCUCGAUAUUGCGUCUUCCCGACAUCGCUGCUGAGAGUCGUUGGCACAAUAGAUCAAUUUGCUUCUCCACAUUGCUUCCUCACACCACGAGUCUUUUCUUCGUCAACAAAUCUCUCGAAGCGCAAGGCAAAAUCUAAAACCCUCAUGGAGGGGGGGAGUUACAAAUUCGGGCCGUACAAAAUUGAUCCCAAUGAAGUUUUCUUAUCAACCAAGUUUUCAUAUGCUUUGGUUAACCUCCGCCCUCUUGUUCCUGGUCACGUGCUUGUCUGCCCAAGGCGUGAAGUGAAGCGCUUUGCUGAUCUCAGUGCUGAUGAGACUAGUGAUUUGUGGUGUAUAGCACAAAAGAUUGGGGCCCAGCUUGAGACCUACCACAAUGCAUCAUCACUCACAUUCGCAAUCCAAGAUGGACCUCAGGCUGGGCAAACUGUUCCUCAUGUUCAUAUUCACAUCAUCCCCCGCAAAGGUGGUGACUUCGAAAAAAACGAUGAAAUUUAUGAUGCUUUGGAUGAAAAGGAGAAGGAACUAAAGCAAUCCCUUGACUUGGAUAAGGACAGGAAGGACAGAACCUUAGAGGAAAUGGCUCAAGAGGCAGCUGAGUACAGAAAGCUCUUUAUGUAAAAGUACGAGGAUAUCCUACUAAUGGUUAAUUGGUUUUAUGUCGGUUCAGGCAUGUUGCACUGACGCUUAUAUUACUUGUAUUGAUACUAAAUUCUCUUAUGAGUAUUCCCAUACGUAAUUUGAACUGGGGACUAAUUCAGAGGUAUUGUGUGUCUUUUUUUACCAACUCGCAUUGAACCAUGUGUUGAUUGCAACUUACUGAUACUCCAAGUUGUUAUUCUAUACAGCAGUUUGUUCCAACUCAAACUGCUACCUAUGGUCAUUUAAACUGGGAAUUUGAUCACCGUAGUGCAUUUGGGAUUGAGACAAUUUGUUUGUAAGAUCUUUCCAGUGAGAAUUAAG